GCCACAGAACCUGCCCCUCACCAUCUGCUGCAUUUUGGGACAUGUGCCUCUGCUCUGCCAGUUGCUCAGAAACUGUUUGCUUUUGACUCAAGAUGAUUUGAUGUUUUAUAGUAAGACUCAACCAUGAUGGCUACACAGACGUUAAGCAUAGACAGCUAUCAAGAUGGACAACAAAUGCAAGUAGUGACAGAAUUAAAAACGGAGCAAGACCCCACCUGCCCUGAACCUGAUGUGGAAGGAGUGAGCCCUCCCCCCGUGGGGUCCCAGACACCGAUGGACGCAGACAAGCAGGCCAUUUAUAGGCAUCCACUUUUUCCAUUAUUAGCUUUGUUGUUUGAAAAGUGUGAACAAUCUACCCAGGGCUCAGAAGGCACAACUUCCGCCAGUUUUGAUGUGGAUAUUGAAAAUUUUGUAAGGAAGCAAGAGAAGGAAGGAAAACCCUUUUUUUGUGAAGAUCCGGAAACUGACAAUUUGAUGGUAAAAGCAAUCCAGGUUUUGCGAAUUCAUCUUCUUGAGCUGGAAAAGGUUAAUGAACUGUGCAAAGAUUUCUGCAGCCGAUAUAUCGCUUGUCUGAAAACGAAAAUGAACAGUGAAACUCUGCUGAGUGGGGAACCCGGAAGCCCGUACUCCCCUGUCCAGACCCAGCAGAUUCAAAGUGCCAUCACAGGCACUCUCAGCCCCCAAGGAAUCGUGGUGCCAGCGUCUGCGCUGCAACAGGGGAACGUAACCAUGGCAACAGUGGCAGGUGGCACAGUUUAUCAGCCUGUCACAGUCGUCACUCCCCAAGGCCAAGUAGUGACGCAGGCAUUGUCACCUGGGACAAUCAGGAUCCAGAACUCCCAGCUACAGUUACAGUUGAACCAAGAUCUCAGCAUUUUGCAUCAAGAUGAUGGCUCCUCCAAGAAUAAAAGGGGAGUUCUGCCGAAGCACGCCACCAACGUGAUGCGGUCGUGGCUCUUUCAGCACAUAGGGCAUCCCUACCCCACUGAAGACGAGAAAAAGCAGAUAGCUGCUCAGACAAAUUUGACACUACUUCAAGUCAACAACUGGUUCAUCAACGCCAGAAGACGAAUUCUCCAGCCGAUGUUGGAUUCUAGUUGUUCAGAAACUCCAAAAACAAAGAAAAAAACUGCUCAGAACAGACCGGUUCAGAGGUUCUGGCCUGACUCCAUUGCGUCCGGAGCUGCACAGCCACCACCGAAUGAACUCACCAUGUCGGAAGGAGCUGUUGUGACGAUCACCACACCUGUGAGCAUGAAUGUGGACAGCCUCCAGUCUCUGUCCUCGGACGGGGCCACCCUGGCGGUGCAGCAGGUCAUGAUGGCGGAGCAGAGUGAGGACGAGUCUGUGGACAGCACGGGGGACGGCGGGGCCUCGCUGGCGCCCACCCACAUCAGCGGGCUGGUCCUGGAGAACAGUGACUCCCUGCAGUAGGGCCGGGCGCCGGGACCAGGGGCGGACGGCCUGACUUUUUAUAGUUUGCACAGCAAACAUUUUACACAGUUUUAUUUCUAAUGUUUUAUAUGUAGAUAUAGAAGAGUGCACUUUUGUAUUUCAUAGUCAGCUUCAAGAGCGUCUUUGCCGGUGCAGCGACUUCUUUCAAGUGUGUUAUGUGUGUGUGCGCGCAUGUGUGUAUGUGUGUGUGUUUUUUAAGGGAGUUCUUCAAAAGUUUAACGCUAAAAAUGUGAUGAAUGACAAACACCCCCGUGAGCCUCUGAUUAGAUUAAGGACUAGUGCUGCCAUUUUCUAAAAAAUUAUGCAGUUUUAAUUUAGUUCUGUGGUUACAGCAGGUCUCGGUGGACUGAUUAUUGUGUGGCCCAUGGCUUUGAAAGAAGCGUCUGCACCUUAGAGCUGCCAGUGUGAGGUGGACGACAACACACGACAAUAAACUGAGUGUGACCUCAUGGUGAAUGUACGCGAUUCAGAUACGCUUCAGUUCUCUCAUAUUCUGUGAGCCUGUUUCGUUUGCUAUAUAUAAAAAGAAUCUCCUAUUUUUACCUUGCUGGAAUUAUUGGAUAAAAAGCUAUUUUUAUAAAUUCGUUAUGAAUUG